CGUGCGCGCUCCCGGCCCGCGUUUGGUCGAGUUCACACGCCUUGCGCGCUCCCGCUCAGUCUCGGGUUCACACGCUCGCGUUGAGACGCAGCAGCCAAAAGGAGCUUUUUUUUCUCACGGCGUUCAUUUUGGAAACGCGCAUUUUCCCCCCGACGGUCAGAUUAAAUAUACAUAAAAAACCCUCCAGAUAUUACAGACACCCAUACAGACAGAGGUGGAACCGCUUAUGUGCAUGAACAGCGAGGGGGACACGCAGGAUGGUUCGGGAAACCAGACACCUCUGGGUGGGAAAUUUACCCGAACAUGUUCGAGAAGAAAAAAUUGUCGAAUAUUUUAAACGGUAUGGACGCGUGGAGAGCGUCAAAGUCCUCCGUAAGCGAGGUUCGGAAGGCGGCGUGGCAGCUUUCGUGGAUUUCGUUGACAUCAAAAGCGCCCAGAAGGCGCACAACGCUGUCAACAAAAUGGGCGACAGAGACCUUCGCACUGAUUACAACGAGCCCGGCUCGGUGCCCAGCUCGGUCCGGGGUCUGGAGGACAACCCUCCGUCUAGCAGUCACACCAGGGACGUUGCAACUUUCUCGAGAGCUGCUGUGGGUCCCGUUUAUGGGCCCCCGGUGUCUCUCCACACCAGGGAGGGACGCUAUGAACGCAGACUAGACGGCACCACAGACACUCGGGAUCGAGCAUAUGAGCACAAUCCGUACGGACACCACGAACGCAGUGGCACUUUUGAUAGGCCGCGGCACUACAACACGGACUAUUACCGAGACCGUGCCAUUUUUGCCUCUGGAGUUGGGGCCAGCCCUGCAGUUAGUGCUAUUAGUGGGGGCUUUGACACGACAGAAUCUCAUUUUGAGUCUCGAAUCCGUGAUCCCUUCACUUUGUCUGGUUCCGCUCGUCGGGAUCCUUACCGCGACGAUAGGGGACGACGCGUCGAUCGGACUUACCAUCAUCGCCGGAGUCGAUCUUCUCAUUCCUCGCAAUCACGACACCCUUCUCCACAAAGGACCACGGGACAGACCCCCAAAGCCCCCCAUUCCCCAAAAAGAGCUCCUGUUUCUCCAAGCAGGGGUCCACGAUCACGUUCCCGAAGCCGAUCGUCCAGCUCGGAUUCAGUCAGCAGCACCAGCAGUACAGGAAGCGGCAGCAGUGAUUCCAACAGCAGUUCUAGCGAGGGAUCACGAGCACGCUCUGUUCAGUCCGCGGCCACUCAUCCACCUCCAGCUCCUCCUCCACUAUCUCUGGACUGUGAUGAACCACGUCGAAGUUUUGGCAUCCGAGUCCAGAACCUCCCUGUACGAUCCACAGACACAAGUCUAAAAGAUGGACUUUUCCAUGAGUUUAAGAAGUAUGGGAAGGUCACCUCAGUGCAGAUCCAUGGAGCUUCAGAGGAGCGAUACGGUUUGGUGUUUUUCAGACAGCAGGAAGACCAAGAGAAAGCACUCAGUGUGUCCAAAGGAAAGCUCUUCUUUGGUAUGCUGAUUGAAGUGACAGCAUGGAAUGGCCCUGAGACGGAAAGCGAGAAUGAGUUCCGGCCAUUGGAUGGGCGCAUCGACGAGUUUCACCCAAAGGCAACCAGAACAUUGUUUAUUGGAAAUUUGGAGAAAACAACUAAUUACCAGCAGCUCCUUGAUGUGUUUCAGCGCUUUGGAGAAAUAGUGGAUAUCGAUAUUAAAAGGGUUAACGGCGUCCCCCAGUAUGCCUUUGUGCAGUACUCUGACAUUGCCAGUGUCUGUAAAGCUAUUAAGAAAAUGGAUGGAGAAUACUUAGGUGCCAAUCGACUCAAGCUUGGCUUUGGGAAGAGUAUGCCUACGACCUGCGUGUGGUUAGACGGUCUGUCCUCUAACAUCACAGAGCAGUACCUUACGCGUCAUUUCUGUCGCUAUGGACACGUGGUGAAGGUUGUUUUUGACAGAUUGAAAGGAAUGGCUCUUAUUCUAUACAACAAUACAGAUUUUGCACAAGCAGCUGUAAGAGAGACCAAAGGAUGGAAGAUUGGUGGCAACAAAAUCAAGGUUGAUUUCGCCAGUCAGGAGAGCCAGGUGGCAUUCUACCGCUCUAUGCAGGCAUCAGGGCAAGAUAUGCGUGACUUCUAUGAAAUCCCAGCUGAACGAAGGGACGACAGAAGACCCUCAUAUCAUGAAUUCUCAGCCGAGAGGGCAUAUUAUGAAAAUGUUCGUGCGCCAGGAAUCUAUGCUGAGGACCCACGGCGAGACUAUCCCGCUCGCAGCCGUGAACGUUAUCCAGAAUUAGACCAUUAUCAAGGUGACCACUAUGACCCACGCUAUCAUGAAGACCCUCGUGAUUACAGAGAUUACAGAGACCCCUUUGAACAGGAUAUCAGAAAAUAUAGCUACAUUCAGCGUGAACGUGAGCGAGAACGCGAGCGUUUUGAGGCUGACCGCAGCAGAUGGAGCCCGUCCCAUCCACGCCGGCCCAUAACACCUUCUGCCUCUCCUUCACCAUCUGAGCGCGUCUCAAGGGAAGCAGAGCGACGUGUGUACAGGCACUCAUCUGAGAGAAGUGGGAGCUGUAGCUCCUUAUCGCCAACUCCUCAGUUUGAAAAGUCUGAAAAGUCUCCAGUUGAUUUUAAAACUGAUAGUCUGGACAGAGAAGUGGAGCAGGCCGAGGCUGACCGUGUGAGUGGAACAGAAAAGAGCAAGCGCGGCAGACGCAAAGAAAAAGCAGACAGAGAGAAGGGUGAGAAAACAAAAUCGAGAAGGGGGAAAGUGCAGUCCCCGAGUGUACCUUAUUCUGAAGCAGAUCGAGAGCCCAGUCAGGACUCAAAUUCUGGGAAAGCGAAGGGUUCAGAUGUGGAGGGCUCAGAGAGGCAGAGGCACAAAGGUGAAGGCGAACCAUCCCCUUCAGAUCCGAUGUCUCGUCUGGAGUCACAAAAAGAAAAGCUUGAUGGUGCUAAAAUUGAUUCAGUGGAUCGAGAUAAUAAAGGGAGGUCAAAGAAACACCUUAAAUCAGAAGUUGGAAACGAAGGGAAAGACCCGCUUUUGGAUUCGGAUAGGCUUGCGGCACGAAAAAGGCGCUUUGGUGAUCCCAGCAAAACCAACAAACAGAAGAGGGGUCGCCUUGAGGAUGAACAGAGCACAGUUAGCCAACCUGCAGAUGUUGGAGCUUCCUAUUCAAAGGAAGGAGAAAGCGAUGUGAAAACAUUAGAUAAAGAUACACAGAAAAGAGAACAUUCUAAGUCCAAAUCAGAGAGGGUGGUGACUCAUUGUAGGGACGAAUUGGAUCACCGAGCUGAUUCCCAAAACUCAUCUGGACGACAGGAAGAGCAUUCUGAGACUAACGUGGAGUCUUUAGAUUUAAAAUCUCAGUCUGGACUAAGCGUGUCAAGGCAGUUCUCCAACGAUGGAACCCCAGAGAAGGACAACAAAGGCAGGGAAGAGUUACUGGACAUAGAUCUUUCUCAGAGUUAUCGAAAGCAAAUGGAGCAGAACCGAAGACUUCGACAGCAGCUCCAAGAGCCUGACAAACCAGGAAAGCCAGAAACUCCUCAGUGUGUAGAACCAGAAGAUUUUGAACACCGCAGCUUGGUGCAUGAGGUAGGCAAGCCACCACAGGAUGUCACUGAUAACUCUCCACCGACUAAAAGCAAGAAACAAGAUCACUUGGACAUCGAGGUUGGCACCAAGAGAGAACGAGUAUACAGAAUUUUCCGGCCGAAGAGUGAAGAGUCAGAGUGGACCAUAAACUCGCCCAAAUUUAAUCCCUCUCAACUUGGAGAGGAAGAAUAUACAGAUGUUCCUCAACUGAUUACUGUGAAAGAAGUAAAAGAACCACCUAAACAUGAGGACAGUUCUCAUCAGGAUAUAGACCCGGUUAAACGUGUACAUACUACACAGGUUUCCAAGCUAAGCACGUCCCAACAUGAUGAGCAGAGACGUUGGGAAAGUCGGCUAAAGCAAGACUUGCUGCCUGACUUUUCAAGGAGCUCAGAAAAAAGGCGCCUUAAUCGAUCGUAUUUGGAUUACAGACUCUGGCCUGAUUUAGAGCCCGGUGAAGUGCGCUCUGACUCUGAAGAAGAUAGAGAACACAAACCAAAUUCUCUUAUGCCCUCAACCUCAGUGUCCUUCCCUGAACGUCAUCGUGGAGACAGGUUACCAGAAUCAAAACUAACCACCUCACUGGAAAGAAACAAGUUUUGUUCAUUUGCACUCGAUCAGACAAUUACACCAGACACUAAAGCAUUGCUGGAGCGAGCAAAGUCCUUAUCCUCUUCAAGGGAAGACAAUUGGUCUUUUCUGGACAGCGAUUCUCAUUUUGCCAGUUUUAGAAGCAGAAAAGAUACAGAAAAGGUUGAGUCAACUCCACGACCAACUCCUUCAUGGUACAUGAAGAAGAAGAAAAUACGAAGCGAGUCCGAGGAUAAACUAGAUGAUCGAAAGGAAGAUCCGAAACCAGAAGAGCAAGAGCGUCGAGAGCUUUUCGCCUCACGCUUUCUUCACAGCUCUAUCUUUGAACAGGACUCGAGGCGUCUUCAGCAUCUUGAAAGAAAGCACGAAGACCCUGAGCAUGGCAUGGGCUUUCCAGCUAACCAGCAAGGCCAGAAUGAAAGUCAGCCUGAUACUGAACCAGUAGUCCUCUUCCAUGAACGCUUUUUAGAGUUGACAAGACUUCAGCAACAGAAGGGGAAAGAGCAGUCUCAGCAAGAAACCAAAAAAGAGGAAGGCACUGAUGGACAAGUCAUUGAUAAAACACAGGAGGAAGAGCAACGCAGUGUGGUUGAACAAGCUGAACUGAAACCAGCUGAGAUUAAACCAGUCAGCCCUGUACAAACCCCUCAGGCAAGCCCCAUGCAAAUCAUUCAACCUCUUCCUGUUCAAGAAAUUCUGAAGUCAGCACCUGUUGUGACACUUAAGGAGACGUCGCCUCAGCACGAAGUUUGUAAUGUUGAAGAAUCUGCCCCUAAACAACUCUGUCUGUCUGUAAAAGAAGAAAAACAACCUGAACAGCCUUUAGUCUCCCUGACAAAUGCACUGCCUCAAGAACCCCCUGAAUCAAGUAGAUCUGAAUUCCAGGACUCAAAGACUUUAGUGAAGGAAAUUAAAACAAGUCCUAAUAAAGAGUUUGAGCUCACCAAUGACGGAGACGUUGAGCAGUGCUCCAGUAGCGAGAAACGUACUACUGACUCGCAAAUAAUAUGUGAACCAAAAUCUGAGCCUCAAACCGAGAUUCCUGAAGUACAAAACCCUCCAUCUCCUAUGAUUGUAGAUGAAGGUGAAGGAAGAUUAGAGAAAUCGGAGCCUGUUCCUAUGGAAGUUGAACUUCCUGCGAAAGAAACUGAUUCAAAAUGUGUGGACAAUUAUACGGUGGAGGAACCAAUAUCUCCUCCUCCAAGGUCCAGAAACAAGAAGGGAAAGGCCUCGCCAACAGCCCCUUUGACCCCAUCACACACACCAGAUAAACAGAGUACUCGCAAAAGUGAACGUAUCGAUAGAGAAAAACUAAAACGCUCCUCUUCUCCAAGAGUGGACUCCUCUAAAGCAGUUUUAGAUUCGAAGUUGACUGGAAAAUCACCCAUUCAUAGCCCUGAGACUGAUCAAAAUGUAGAACAAAACACUCCCCCUGUGAGAGCAAGGCGUAGAAAUGUACGUUCUGUUUAUGCCACCCCGGUUGAAGAUGAAUCUACACCACAAACUGGAAAGGAUGUGGAGUCACCUCGUGGGUCACGCAAGCGUGGUGUAGACAAAGAAGCAGGGCAACCUCAAGCAGAACCAGACAAUCCCCCUGUACCGACACCGCCACGGCGGGGACGUCCACCUAAAAAUCGACGUCAAGGAGAGGAUUUUUCGGCUUGCAAGAGUGAGCGCUCAAAAGUAGCUGAGACUAAGGAGUUUGACAUUAAUGAAAGUGGAAACAGUGAAACUGUAACCAAGGCAGGCAAAGGCAAACAUUCCCCUUACGUAAACAAAACUGCAAAUCAAGGUACUGGGGCUGUAUUAGCAAAAAAAGGAGACAAAUUUGAUAAAACGUCUGACACAGUACCUACUACUGAGAUGGACGUGGAGUCUCAGGACAGCAAUGGCCAGCAGGAUAGUGGUCCUUUAGCAGCGAAUGAACCAAAGGAGGAGCAUAAACCACUAAGCAAUUUAGAGACAAAAGACAAAAUUACUCAAAUAGAAGGCACUAUUGGAAGCCAAGAUAAACUCGGUGAGACUGCUCAAGAGCAGUCACCUUUGGACAAAAGCACGAAAACUAAAACUACUCGGAUAACUUGUACUUCAAAGCUAAUGACUGAGGAUAAAUCUCUUGUUCUCAAAAACCUCAGAAUCAGGCUUGAUGUGACGGAGGUAAAAGCAAUGCUACAAACUGGGGAGGACGAAUCGGGGCAUGAUGACGGACCUAAAAAGGUCGUGUCAGGAACAUCGCCUAAAGAGCAAGUGCCAGAUCAUAGAUUUGAGAAAGAGACCAUAGAGGAAGAUGGUAAUAAAGAGUCAGUAACAACACCUCCAAAGGUCAAGGAUCCACAUGAGGCAUUAUCCCGCCAGAUGGAGCUCGAAGAAGCUGUGGAAAACAUUGCUAAACUUACAGAAGGCCCGCCUCUUCUUCAGUUCAAGAACUCAACCGAGUCCCAAGCCCCUUUAUCUGAAAUUGUAGAGGGGCGUGAAGAAGACAAGCCUGCUAAUCCUGCUAGUGAAACAGAACUUGCCGCUGCUAUUGAUUCCAUCACGUCUGAAGACCUGUCUUGCGGUUUGCCACAAGACCAAGUUAUCAGCGCUGUUGUAGACCCAGACCCAGAUGUUCAAACUUUAGUCCCAGAUGCCAAAGUUGAAGGCAGCAAUGCGACUGUUCAAGAAGACUCAUCAAACACGGGGACACCGAGAAAAAGUAGUAAAGGAAGACCAAAAGUCCAGAAGAGAGCCAAAGGCCAAAAAGCUGCUGCAAGCAAAAAAGAAGCUGUUAAAGAGGUGGUAAUGGAGCCUGAAAAUCUUUCUGUUAAGUCCCCAGAGUCAACAUCCACAGCAGUUGCCGAGAUUUCACCCACAGGUGCUGCUGCUGUAAUUGCCCCAUUAUCCAAGCAAGAUUCCAAUUUAGCUGGUAAUAUUGUCCCUGAAGUUCCUAAAGUGAUUGAGAGUGCUCUUAAAGAGCAGCCUGACUUGCCAAAAUUAUCUAGUCCAGCAGCAAGCAAAAGCCCAUCAUCACUCAGACCUCAGCUUAAUCCUUAUGAGUGUACGUCUCCUUCCCUUUCUCCCACAAGUAUUUGCCUUAAACCUUCACAUCCAAGUAGACUUUCCGUUUCCCCCACAGACAGAUUGAGUCAGCCUAAAGAGACAGCGGUAGUCUCCCCUUCAGCCUCUCCCGCAACUCCAACAGGGAGCCCAACAUUGUUGUCUGAUUCCUUUGCCCAUGAUAGUAACACCAGUGAUCUUCGGAAAAUUCUUGCAAAACCAAGAGGUAUCCCAAUCUCGGAGGUGAGUGCUACUUCUGCAAGCAUGCAUUUGAGGGAAAGCGAUGUCAAAAGUGCUCUGCAUGAAAACAGGCAACCUUCUAUUCCAGCUCAGCCAGUAGUUCGCCAGCAGACAUCCUUACCAUCCCCGGAGACGAAGCAAGUCUUUAAUGAGAAAUCUGUUAUUUCUGUCAUUGCCUCCACUGCCACAUCUGUCAUUAGUCGAGUUUGCAACCCCUCUGAAUCCGAGGAGAAACACAGUCUUCCAAUGGCAAACCCAUUUGUGGAAAAGCAGGCACCAAAACAGAUGUACCAGACCAGCUUGGAGGAAAGUAGCACUUACCAUGGACCACCUGUUGGAGAGGAGGGUGGGAAUACGGGUCGCUAUAUAGUGGAGACCACAUCACUUAGUACAGGCCCCACUACUGGUCUCAGGGUUAACACUUCUGAGGGGGUGGUAGUGUUGAGUCACUCGGGACAGAAAAUUGAGGGACGACAACGAAUUAGUGCAAAAAUCAGUCAAAUUCCACCACCCAGUGCAGUGGACAUAGAAUCUCCGCAGCUAGUGACGAUGCCUCAGAUCAAACAGGACCUUUACAGUUCAUCCCAAAGAGAUGUGGCUAAAAGUUCAGUACCUGCAGCAGACCAUGUUCAUUCCCUGAAAACGCAGACAAAUGUAUCCACUAAGCAUGAAUCUUGUUCAGAUAAAUUAGACUCGUACCCUCCAGUGCAAAGCGGGGUUGUGAAGAGAUUACAGCAGACACCUGGCUCAGCACAGGUAAUGGGUUUCCAUCCCUCAGAAUACACAAUGUUGAUGAAGCAUCAAAAGAAAGGAGAAGGAAGUGAACCACUUAAUGUGGAAAAUGUGAAGCCUGCCUGGGUGUCUACAAUAAGUCCUGCCAUAAGUCCUCUUCUUCCUUCUACAGGUGGCAAUCACGUUGGGUUCAUACCAGGAACGUCUACGGACAGAGCCGCCUCACAUAUUCAAACCAAACAGGAACCCCGCUCACCACGGAAAUCCGGUCACCCCCAUUCUCCUUUUGCCAAAGUGUCUUCUCCGAUUGGCUCUUCAUCUCCUAAAGGUGUGUCUAUGGUAUUACCAACCGGUUUACCCACCAUGACCCAGUAUGUCCCUAGUGUGCACCACUCUGAACAGUCAGUCAUUAUGCCUCCUCAUAGUCAACACGGAAGCCUUGGCAGAAUGUCGCCUCAUCGCGUGGGCCAGGCCAUUUCCAUGGGUCACCUUUCUCAGGGAGACGUACGAGUCAACACGCCUCCGCUAUCAGUGAUGAACUAUGGAAUUCACCCUGACGGCCUUGCUUCAUCUUGGGCACCUGGGCAACAGCGCCCCACGUCUCCUCAGGCUGUGGGGAACAGAGAGAUGGUUCUCAAAGUCAACCCGGCCAGCGCAAGAGGUCAUGAAGCAAGCGAGGAGGAAGCAGCCAGGCGCUUUCAUCAGGCGCUUACAAGGCCGACGGCGACUCAACUCAAACCGGAUUCAAUACCAGCAGAAUACCGCAGUGCACUUCACAGCGCACUGCCGCUGGAGAGGUUUAACAUGCAACCAAGAGAUAUGCGCAUGCUGAUAUACCACCCACAGGGGGAACGUCCGGCUGCCGAGCUGCACCAGGGGCAUAUAGCAGAGGCUGUCCCUCCCACCUCAACGCCAACGAACAUUACAGCCUCGCUUUCUCCACGGGCACACCUCUUGCAGAAAGGUAUGUCUGACAAGGAUGCCCUAAAGCAGUCAGAAAUAAAGAGGGCCACACCACCCCCUGGGAAAGACGGAAUGCUGGGAAUUCGUGGUACAGUGCCUGCCAUGGCCUCUCCUAAGCGAGUACAGCUGAUCACCUCAGGGCCACCCUUUUCGGAGUAUUCGAACAUGUACUCCAACCUGCGUAAUGUGCACUCGCAGUUUCCUGAAAAUUCACCUAUGGGGAUCAGCCAACCUCCUCGCAACAUCACUCCAUCACAGGGUGCGCAAGAAUCUGAUCACAAUCAAGCUCAGACUGAAAAUCAAGUCGAGCAUGUUGGACACCAGCAAAUCAACAUGGUACAGCUUCUUACGAGGUAUCCUAUCGUGUGGCAAGGUUUGCUGGCAUUAAAAAAUGAAACUGCUGCAGUCCAGUUGCAUUUUGUGUGUGGAAACAAGUCUCUUGGACUGCGGUCACUUCCUGUCCCAGAGACUGGACCUCCUCUGCGUAUUGUCCAGAGGAUGAGAUUGGAAACACAACAACUUGAAGGAGUAGCUCGCAGAAUGACUGGCGAGAGUGAAUUUUGCCUCCUGCUUGCAAUGCCUUGCGGCUUAAAUCAGGAAGAUGUGGUGACACAGACACAAGUGCUGAAAUCAGCUUUUAUUAACUACCUGAAAGCCAAACUGGCUGCAGGUAUCAUCAACGUCCCCAAUCCUGGCUCCAAUCAGCCUGCCUACGUGUUGCAGAUCUUCCCUCCAUGUGAGUUUUCAGAGUCUCACCUUUCACGGCUUGCUCCCGACCUCAUCAACCAGAUCUCCAGCAUUUCACCUCACCUCAUGAUCGUCAUCACCUCGGUCUGAUCCUUCGCAUCCUUUAAAACCUGGACUCAUGCCGACCUCAACGUCACCGACACGCUUGCGUUCCUGGACUUAAUGUAGCUCAGGAGAAAACUGGUGAUGUUUGGAAUCCUCCUACAUAUCAGCGUGUGCAGCACCACUCCACAUUGUCCCCCGUUUCACAUUUCUCUGCUGUAUUUGUAUUUAUUGGUGAUUUUUUUUUUUUACUCAUGGAAAUUCCUUGAGAAAUCAGGAUGUUUUUCUUUUUUUAUGGAACAAGAACACAAGGAGUGAGAACUUUUUUUUUUUUUUUUUUCUUAUUAAUCUUUUUUUCCAUGGUUCAUGUGGAGAAUACAAACCGUUGUAACAGACUAAUGUUAUUUUUUACAUAAUCAUGCAUCGUUCAGGAGAAAUAACGUUGGGAAUGUACAUUUCACAGGAUCGACUUGUCAUCCUUGCUUUGUCGCCUUUUCUCACUCACUUUGCUAAUCUGUGUUCGUGUAGGCUUGAACGCCCGGCUCUUGGAGUUUUGUGAUUGCGGGAUUGUAAAUAUUUUAAAUAUUUAAAACAAAAAACAAAAAAAACUGCGAAAAUGGCUUAAACCCCGGGAGAGUUGCCUCUUUUUAUGUUCAACGUUGGAACUGACUCCUGAAAUCUUUGGCGGGGCUGAUACAAGUGGAAAAACAUCGACGUAAAUGUUUGUGAUGUAAAUAUUGAAGACUUUGGGCUGGCAGCUCUCGAGGGUUUGUUUUGCGGGCACUUCAAAUUUUCUUACUCAAAUAAAAAAAAAAUCCAGAAAACUUGAAUAUAACGGUCAUAUUCUUUCUUUCUCUCUUUCUCUCAAUCUCUAGCUCUCUCAUUUCAUCAUUUGUUGGUUGUGUUUUUUGAUCUUGAGAUCAUGAGAAUCAUUUUUGUGUAAAAAAAAAUAAAUAAAUAAAUAAAUGCCUCUAACCAAAUUGAAACAUG